UGCACUUAUGGGUGGUCACAUGACUUGACUUCCUGUAAGAUUUCAGAUGUUUCUUUGAACAUUAAGCAGAAACUUCAUUCCAGUUAACGGCUUCUACAUGUAUCCUUUGUAUUAAACAUUUAAGAAUAUUUUACAAAAUGUUGCGUCGGAAGCCCUCCAAUGCAUCAGACAAAGACCCUACACAGAAAAAGAAGUUGUCUCUACAACGUUCUAGUAGCUUUAAGGAUUUCGGAAAAUCAAAGCCAAGUUCACCCAUUGUGACGGACAAGGAGUUCAACUUGGAGAAUGACAUUCCAGAGGAUGAUGCUGGGGUUGGAACUCAGGGAUCAGAAGACACUAAACACAGUGGAGGCAAGCUAAGUAAGAAAUGGAGAGCUGUCAUUUCCCGAACCAUGAAUAGGAAAAUGGGAAAAAACGUUAUGAAAGCAAUGGCUGAUGAAAUAAUGGAUCAACAUGAUCCUUCAUCUCCAAUAUCUCUGGAUGGAAGUGUGGAUGGGAAUCUGGGCAGAAAACUGUCAGAUACUGAAGAGGAUCUACAUACGCCUCUUAGCAGGCAAGCCUCUAGUGGCAGUGAGGUAUGGAGCCCAUCUUAUAUGUCAAACAACAGAGACAGUAUGAAUGUAGAAAACAUGUCACCUCCGUAUACUGGACCAUUCUGCGGGAAAGCGAAGGUCCACACAGACUUUAUUCCAAGUCCUUAUGAAAGAGACUCACUCAAACUUUGUAAAGGAGACCUUAUCCACAUCAUUGAAAAGCCCCCUGUGGGUACUUGGACAGGAAUGCUAAACAAUAAGGUUGGAUCUUUUAAGUUUAUCUACGUAGACAUUCUACCUGAAGAGACAGAGCCACCCAAAAAACAUAGGACACACGGAAGAAGCAAACGAUUGAAGCCAAAAUCUUUGCAGGAGCUUCUGGAACGUAUCAACAUGCAGGAACACAUCCCAACUCUCAUGUUAAAUGGUUACCAGACAACAGAAGACUUUAAGGACCUAAAGGAAAAUCACCUGAUUGAGUUGAACAUCACAGAUCCACAAGACAGGGUGAAACUUCUUACUGCUGCGGAAUUCCUGUUGGACUAUGAUACUGGCAGUGAAUCGGAAGAUUUGACAGAGCAGUGUUCUUUGAACCAAAUCUUUCAUAUUCCUCGAGAUUCUGGCUGCUACGAAGGCCCAGAUAAUCUUGACAACAGUCGAGAUGAGACGGAUUUAGGAAACAUAGAGGAGAACUUGCAGAAAUUAUCAAUGGAUGAAUCUAAUGUCAAAAAACAUACAGAGAUUGAGAAACCUUUAACAGUUGAUGAAAUGUCAUCUAGCAUUAGCUAAUGGUCAAGAUCUUGUUCCACUGUCACCAAUAACAUUCAUGGACAUGGUCAUCUAAAGAUCAAAGAUCCACCAAGCCUAUUAUGGAUACAGAAACGUGAGCAGUCAUUCAAGGUGCCUCCUUCAUUGGCACACUUUGGAAUUUAAGUUUUUGAUAUUCAUAUUUACACCGGAAACAUUUCUUCUUUAUUAGUGAAAAUGUUAGAGAAAAAAAAUAACAAACAGUAUUUUCUAAAAACGACAGAUAAAAAAAUUCCGGACUUGUUCAGUCAUUUUCCCUAUAUGUUUUGUAAUGUAUCUAUUUUGCAUUUGUGUAUUUUGUUUUAUAUUUGUUAUUGGUUAUGGUAUUCAAACAAGCAUGGACUGCCACUCAAAAUCAUUGACCCUAAAACAGGGGUUUACCCGCAAUCUCUUUAUUUUUUUGUAAAAGAAAUCAAGUUUCAUUCUGGUUAUGUUUGACUAAGGCAAUACCAUUGCCUAUUUAUUGAAAAUUUAUUUUUAAAGACUGUAUGCUGCCGCAAUGAAAUAAGUCCUUAAAUAACAUAUCAAGUGAGCUACAGUCUUCAUAAAAGCAUCCCUGACUAAAUAAGUUUAAAGCAGCAGGAUUGAGAAUUAGUUGGUUAAAAGUACAUGCAGAGUAAUUUAGACAGCUGCCUGAUAGAAUUUUGAGAAGGUUAAUAUUUUCUGAUCUUUCUGAAAGUCACCAAGUUAAAAUUAAAGUCUUCUUAACAAUGGGGAAUGUGGGAAUUUGUGGGACCUGGCACACUGAAAAAAACAUUAUUUGGAUAUUUGGAUCUGCGCAGCUCAUUUCCUAUGGUUAACAGUAACCAUUAUUAAGACCUUAUUUAAAAUUACAAUAAACAGAGUGAAUGAGUAUCAGAACCCAAUAUUCCCUUUAUUUUCUAAAAUAAAGCACGUCCCAUAUGCAACAGGUGUAUUCUAUUGAUACUGUAUGCAGGGAAUAACCAUACAAACACCCCAAAUGAAUAGGGGUUGUUGUAAACCUUUGAAACGUUUCAGGAUCAAAUCAUCUAAGCAUCAUUUAACAUUGGCUUUGAUUAAAAUCUUUUGGAUAAACCUUUCAAAAGAUCAGAUUGUG